GAAACGCGCGCAUUUCAAGUGAAUUCAAGUCAAGCUCUACACAUAGUCAAACCAAAGUGAAUCAGUGCAACUUAUUUGUGCAUAGCGGUGCAUUUUUGACAAAAAUCAGUGAAGAUGAGAUCGUUUGGAGGAUUUUCUUAUUGCCUAACGUUGGCUAUCAUAUUCUUCGGAAUUGGCUCACGUAAAAUAGCAUUCGGCGAUGAAUGUCCCGGCAAACAAGACAACAAACUGAACGACCAGGCUUUCGGAAUGGCGCUGACACCCGACGACUUCUUAACCUCCAUGAUGACACCAUGGAUCGUGCACGAUUAUUUCCGACCAUGGAGGCAACUGGCUUCGAUCGCGAAAGACUUGGGAUCGACCAUUAAAAAUGAGAAAGACAAGUUCCAGAUCAACUUGGACGUUCAACACUUCGGACCUGAAGAAAUCACUGUGAAGACUUCGGAUGGGUAUGUCGUGAUUGAAGCCAAGCAUGAGGAGAAGAAAGAUGAACAUGGCUUUGUGUCUAGGCAGUUUGUGAGGAAAUAUGCGCUACCUGAAGGGGCGGAGUCCGAAAACAUCGUCUCAGAGCUGUCUAGUGACGGAAUCCUAACUAUUACUGCUCCAAGAAAGGUCAUCGAUGACAAGGGAGAGAGAAUAGUGCCAAUCACCAAGACUGGACCAGUCCGAAAAGAAGCUAAAGAGGCACCACAGGAAAAUGGUUCCUGCAAAGCCAGUGACAAAUCUUGUAAACUGUAAUUUCUGCAUUUAUUAUUAUUAAUAAUUUAGGACUAGUCAUUUGUUGAAGACUUAAUUAAGUUCCAAUAAAUUAUUUAAGUUUCUUUAAAACUA